UACAGGAUGUCGUACAACGCGUCGGUCGUGUCACCGUGUUCUCGACCGUAUCUGGGUCCAAACCUCGCGCAGACUUGUCCCGGUUCACAGUUCCUGACCUUUAUGACUCUGUUGGACACGUUCGUCCGCGCGAAAGAAGAAAUUUCUCAGCUCUGCGAACGAGUAAGGCCGAUCGACCCACCGGAAUACUAUUACGAUUUCAUUGUCGUAGGAGGAGGAACAGCCGGUUCGGUGGUCGCUUCUAGGCUCAGCGAUAUCGCGGAAUGGAGAAUUUUGCUGUUAGAAGCCGGUCCCGACGAACCACCGGGUGCCGAUAUUCCAAGUAUGGUAGCGAUGUUUCUCGGUAGCGAAAUCGAUUGGCAAUAUCGAACGGUGAACGAACAAAACGCGUGUUUGUCGACCGGAAGAUCGUGCAGCUGGCCACGUGGCAAGAAUCUUGGCGGCACUUCCAGCCACAAUGGCAUGAUGUACACCAGAGGGCACGCGAAGGAUUAUAACGAUUGGGCGGCCAUGGGUAACGAAGGAUGGUCCUGGGAGGAGGUAUUGCCGUAUUUCAUGUGCUCGGAGAACAACACAGAGAUCAAUCGAGUUGGUCAGAAAUAUCAUUCGACCGGUGGUUUGCUGACCGUCCAGCGGUUUCCUUGGAAACCGGCCAUAGCCGAUGACAUUUUGGCAGCGGCUGCCGAACGCGGCUACCCGAUCUCGGAAGACCUUAACGGCGAUCAGUUCACUGGAUUUACGGUGGCUCAAAUGAUGAACAAGAACGGAGUCAGAGCGAGCUCUGCUACCGCUUUCCUUCGACCGAUGCGUCAAAGAAGAAACCUUCAGAUCGCUCUGAACGCUACCGCUACCAAGAUUCUUGUAGAGAAUUCGAAGGCUGUCGGCGUUCAGUUCUAUCAAGAUGGCGAGCUUCGAGUGGCACGAGCGUCUCGUGAAAUAAUUGUCUCCGGUGGUGCGGUUAACUCUCCUCAACUUCUACUACUUUCCGGAAUAGGACCAAAGGAUCAUUUACGGGCCGUGAAUGUAAGCGUCGUUAAAGACUUACCUGGUGUCGGAGAGAACCUGCAAAAUCACGUCUCCUACACGUUAUCCUGGACUAUAAAUCAGCCGAACGAAUUCGAUCUAAAUUGGGCCGCGGCUCUGGAAUACGUUUCGUUCCAAAGAGGGCCCAUGUCGUCCACGGGAUUGGCUCAAUUAACCGGAAUCGUUCCCUCGAUCUACACGACUCCUGAUCAUCCCGAUCUUCAAUUCUUCUUCGGGGGAUAUCAGGCGUCCUGUGCUUCCACCGGAGAGAUAGGAGCUCUCAUGGACAACGGUCGUCGUAGCAUAAGCAUAUCACCGACGAAUCUUCAUCCGCGCAGCAGAGGAACGCUGCGUUUGGCCAGUAACGAUCCUCUCGCGAAGCCUGUAAUUCAAGGAAACUAUCUGACCGACCCGUUGGACAUAGCCAUCCUCGUGGAGGGAAUUCGGAUAGCCUUGUCCUUCGGCAACACCGCUGCAAUGGCGAAAUAUAAUAUGACGCUUAGCAACGCUCCUCUCGCAGCGUGCUCGCGGUAUCAGUUUCUGAGUAACGAUUACUGGAGUUGCGCCGUGCGUCAGGAUACGGGGCCAGAAAAUCAUCAGGCUGGAUCGUGCAAAAUGGGACCGGCGAACGAUCGAAUGGCCGUGGUAGAUGCACGGCUCAGAGUUCACGGUAUUAGGGGCCUACGCGUAGCCGAUACGUCGAUCAUGCCACAGGUAACAUCCGGUAACACGGCUGCACCGGCGAUAAUGAUCGGCGAGAGGGCAGCGGCGUUCGUCAAAUCGGACUGGGGCGCUGCCGCGACACAAUGUUCCCGUUCCACGAUCGACAACUCGCUGGAUCUACUGCUAUGGGGGAUCAAAUACAUCGACUGGGACCAGGCGGUCUGGUAGCGUACGAGAUCCUCCUGGAUCGUUCUAGUCCGCG